AUGGACAGGAUGAUAUGGCUAGCGGAGGUCGUGGACAAGCAUCGCAACUUGUCUGUGACACCGCGCCUGACCGCCAAAACAGUCAUAGCAGUCACGAAGGACAAGGACACAGUAAAAUUCCUCACAAAAAUAGGACAUCCAUACGAUAGCGGCAUCAUGAAGUGGACGGAAAUAACAUCAGAAAAUCAAAGAACCAAACUCAUGAUUCGCAACUACCCGUCCUUCCUGCCGCUGACCUUUAUAGAGAAUCUUCCUUCAGUGCUAAAGGCAGAGAGGAACUAUCAUCGAGACACGAAGACGCCCAGGAAUCAAGUGACUGUGCUGUGGGAGGGUGAGCCCCCCACACAACUGUAUCUGCCAAGUAUUCGGCCUCUGAGGGUGGAGAGCUAUAUAGGCAAGCCAACCUUCUGUGGGAAGUGCCAGGAGUGGGGACACAGGGCGUGGGAGUGCGACAAGAAGGUGAGGUGCGGAGCAUCACGCAUGGAGCCCGAAGUGUCCCAGGAGACCUGUCACCACCUUUCCGCGAGACACGCCAACGACCACAGCUGCCCUACCUUCACUGCCCCCUCUCACAUCCGAGGCCUUCCCACCCCUACCCCUGGCCGAACACCUGCAGUCAGGUCACCAGCAUCCCUCCUCAGCGACCCACCCUCGCCUCUCCCACCUGACACCGUCGCCACCACCACCAUCACCUCACACCCCGCUCCUCCACCCUACCCACCCUCCAGCCCACUAGUCGUCGGGUCAACCCCACCAUCCACAGCCCCCCUCCUCCAUCCUACCAAGCCUCCCGCAUCCCAAGCACAGGACCGGCCCCCAUACCCACAUGCCUCUCAAGCCUUACAAGAGGAGCUGUCUCACCCCCCACAACUACAAAUGCCAGGCCAACCCUUCCCCCACCCUGCCCCCCUGCCCCCACAGAUGAAGCCACCCCAUACCCAACAAUCACAAAACAGCACACACGUCUCUCACAUCACGAGCAAGUUGGAGGAGGAAGUGAAGAUCCUUUGCCAAGAGGUAAAACAACUCUGGGAUUCACAAGCAGCUCUUCAAAAAGAAAAUCAAGAACUCCGCCAACAAAUGGCAACGUCCAUGAAAAAUAUGGAAUCAGAAAUAUCAAGCAUGAGAGCCAUGAUGGCUCAGCUCCUUCAAAAUGUCACGGGGACAAAACCGAAACAACAUCGAGACGAGCCGCGCGGUGUGACGGAGGCCACUGUAGCCGCCACAUCCAAAACUGCAACAGUGACCCCCACGCCGAAGCAGACAGCCGUGAAGGAGCACCAACAGCCCGCGAGACAGGAAGAAAGUUUAGUGACCGACGCAACCACCGUAAGACUUGGCAGACGCUACCAAGUCUUUUAUCAACCGUACCGACAAGGAGGAUCACGAGGCCUCGUAACCCUAGUGAGAAAAGACAUUCCAGCCGCCCUGACAGAGAACCCUCACGACCUAGGUGAGCAGGUGGACACUCUGUGCGUCACGCUGCACCUCGGCCGCACAUACAAGCUCAAUAUCUACAAUGUGUACUGCCGACAGAGAUCAACUCUAGACCUGCUGCCCCUACUAGAAGACCCGAACAUGACACCAACACUCCUGAGUGGUGACUUUAAUGCCCACCACCCCCUCCAUGAGCCGUGGGGGGACGGUAACGUGAACCAGCGAGGACGGCACAUCACGCAGGUACUGGAGGACUUUGCUGCAGCAGCUGUGCUUCACGGUGAGCCGCGACCUACACAUAUAGCAGGAGGCAGGCUGGACCUCAUUAUAAUGGUGAACGGGGACGGCCAGAAUAUGGAUGUGGAAGGAGUCCCGGAGCUUCUGAAUUAUAAAGUUCCUGAGUCGACACAACAGUUUGCAAGUGACCUCACAAGAGCCAUUCAAGAUGCAGCUGAUGCCUCCAUGCCAACCAGAGGAAUGAAAAAGUACAACCCUAACAAGAAAUACUGCUGGUAUUACAAUGACAGAGUUAACCUGCUCACUAGAAUGACUCGCCAGCUAACCAAGGUGUACCAGUCUACGAAGAAUGAGGAUGAUAAAGCAAACUUACAGGAGUGGAACAUAUAUGCAAGAGAACAAUUAAAUAAAAUACGCGAAGAAAAAUGGCUUACGUCUAUGGCAACUCUCAGCCGCUCCACCAGCAUGACCGCAGCCUGGAAGAAAAUUAACAAUGUCGGUGUCACAACCGCGACACACCUCCCUGAUGAUACUGACCACCAGGUAACGCGGGAGGAGCUUCUGCGAGCACGCAAGCCCAGCAAGGACACAGCCCCUAGAGAGGAUGGCAUCACAUACUCCAUGCUGAAUCAUGUGUGUGACGUGGCGGGUGAUCCCCUGCUCCGACUGUUCAACAUGUCGCUGACGCAUGGAGAGGUGCCUGAAGAAUGGACAACGGCCAACAUCAUUCCCAUACCGAAGCACAACGACCAGUGUAAAUUUAGACCUAUCAGCCUCACCUCCACCAUCUGCAAAAUGAUGGAAAGAAUUCUCCUACGUCGACUUCAGUACAAAAUAGGAAAAUUUGACGCAGGAAUAAAUGGCUUCGUUCAAAACAGAAGUACUGCAAACUGCCUGGUCAACUACACAUCAAAUGCAAAGGCGAAAACCGAAGUGUUCAUUGACAUCGAGAAAGCCUUUGAUAGGGCGCAGCCGACGGUCAUCCUCCACGAACUCACCAAGCUGGGCGUCAAAGGAAAGCUGCUCACGUGGAUAAAACAGUACCUGACGAACAGACGAGCCCGCGUCAUAUUUCAAGGUCAUGCCUCACACUACCACACUUUAGAAAAUGGCACGCCACAGGGAAGCGUCAUGAGCCCCACCCUCUUCAAUGUGUUGAUGAACGUGUUGGCAACACUCCCAUACCCCGCGGGCACACAACACAUCGGCUACGCAGACGACAUUGUUCUGCAGACCACCGAGAAAGACUCUGUCACCAAGAUGCAAGCCUCACUCGACAUCCUGGCGAACAAAUGCGAUACAAUUGGCUUCACUAUAUCGCACAGCAAGACCAAAGCCAUGGCAAAGACCCGCCGCAUGCCCCAGACCAAACUCCGCCUCCAGGGUCAAGAAAUUGACUGGGGGCUACUCACAGGUACCUCGGCGUUGUCGUAUCUCGGAAUGGCACCAGCAAGGCCGAGGUGCAACAUCUUAAGGAGAAAUGCCGUCCCAGGAUCAGACUACUACGAGCCCUGUCAUGGAGAGGCAUGGGAGCCUCAGGCGCCGUCAUCCUCGCCGCAUACAAAGCCUUGGUGCGCUCGCUGA